AUGGUCACUCAGUUAGUGAACCUCGGACAGCCAUUUCGAUCAGGAGCCCAUGACAGCCGCUGGGUGAUCAUGGAUAGCUUGAUUCAGCCGAAGAUCAUGGACGGCAACGGGAGCACCGCCACCACUGGCCAAGAGACCACCUUCUCGGGUGCUGAGGCCCAAACCAUCGCCCACACCAACGCCGCCAACGCAGUCUUCAACAUCUGCGACAUCUCCUCCGAGCCUGACAAGGUUGAGCUCCUGGUCAACGUCGACUUCAGCGUCGCCAUCCCCAGCUGCGCAUACACUCCUCCCAUCGUCAAUAGUGGUGGGGCCUGGAGCUGCAAUGGCAACGGCAAGGGUGGCAACUUGUUGAAGUUCACCGUCAAGAACACCGGCACCGUCGUUGCUGUGCGUGACGCGGCUGUGUCUGACGUCCUCCGCAGCUAUGGCGACGCUAUCAGCACCCACGACGUGGGAGGUGUCAAGGGCAAGGGCUUCUGUGAUGCCAGCUAUCUGCAUUGGGAUUGUUGCGAUUGCCUAUUCUGCCUGACAGCGUAG